UCUAACAUGAGACUGCCGCUGCUCGUGUCCGCGGGCGUCCUGCUCAUGGCUCUCCUGCCCUGCCCGCCAUGCAGGGCCCUCGUCAUCCGGGGGCCUGUCCCAGGCUCCCGACAGACCCCACAACUUCCCCAACCCCGAGAUUUCUUCCAGCCGCCGCGGCGGCAGGUCCUUCCAGUUCAGCCGGUCCCGCUCACCACGGGGGAAGAAUACUUCUUCCGCCAAGGUAACCUCAAAGAGAGCCCCGCUGCUCCCCUCUGGUCAGCCUCCUCGCCCCUCGCCCUCCGCAGCAGCAGCCACCUUUCUCCUCACAAGGUAACCGCCAACUUUUUCCGCGCAUUGAGACAGCUGCGAUCGCUUCCCCAGCGCCCUCUCAAUAGCCCUGCGAGUCCCGCUGAGCGUGGUGCUGAGAGCGCCCUCAGCGGUCGCCAGGAGGCCCUGGAAAGGGAGAGGCGAUCCAGGGAAACUACCACCUCGCUGGAUCUCACCUUCCACAUCCUCAGAGAAGUCUUGAAAAUGGCCAACGCGGAGAAGUUAGCACAGCAAGCUGAAAGCAACAGGAAACUGAUGGAGAUUGUUGGGAAAUGAAACGGUGCGUUUGGCCAAAGCGAUUCUGCAUUAGCGCAAAAAUAAAAAAAUAUAAAGUAUUCUGUACCAUAGUGUGGCUUUGAUACCAUUUGUUUAUUUUCAUAUAGCUUGAAACAUAGAGGAUGUAUAACAAGAGCACCUGUUCUCUUUAAUUAGAAUGCACAAAGUGUAUUCAUGUGCAGUAAUAGCAACAAAAUAGUAUUUGUAUUGUCUACUUUUAGUUUCCAUUUGCAGGUGUCUUUAAUGGUGAUUAAAAGAGUAUAGACCCAGGAGGAAACGUUUUGAAGAAGCAGACAGAA